AUGCGCCGCCACCGCGAUGUGGUCGCCGUGAUUGGGAGCACGGGCACGGGCAAGUCGCAGCUGGCCGUCGACCUGGCGCGGCAUGCAGCACAGCACUUGGGCAUGCAUGCCGAGGCCAUUUCGGCGGAUAGCAUGCAGACGUAUGUCGGCCUUGAUGUGAUUACGAACAAGGCGGACGCCAGCGAGAUGGAGGGCAUUCCGCACCACCUCCUCAGCUUCCUGUCACCCGGCCAAGAGUAUGACAUUACGCAGUUUGUCGCAGACGCUGGUGGUCUGUGCGCACAACUCCAACAACAGGGCGCUCUGCCGAUCGUGGUCGGUGGCACGACGUACUACGUACAGCACCUACUCUUUCCUGGGCGUCUCGUUUCGCAAGUCCCUCCGACGGACUACGAGGGCGACGUACACGCCCGCAUCGCCUCCCUGCCUCCCGACUUGAGAGCCCUGUGGGACGCCCUCAGCGACGACCCCAAAGCCCCUCCACCGCCGGGGGAUUUGUGGCCUCUGUUGGCGCACUUGGACCUGGCGUGUGCUCAGCGUUGGCACCAUCGCGAUCACCGCAAAGUGUACCGGAGCCUGCGAAUCCUGCGCGACACGGGCGUUCCGCAGUCUGCGUGGCUCAGCGCUCAGGAUGAGGAAGAUCAGCAGCAUGGGCGUCGUGAGCCGUCUCGCCGGCUGGUGCUGUGGGUGUGGAGUGAGCGAGAAGCUUUGCAUGCGCGUCUGAAUGCACGCAUUCAGACCAUGAUAGAGCGCGGCCUGCUGGAUGAGAUCCGCGACUUGCGGCGCAUCGCGGGCGACGCGCCUACCGACUAUACACGCGGCAUUUUCCAGGCGAUUGGGUACAAGGAGUUUGACGCGUACCUGACGCAUGGCGGCGACGACCGUUUUGCCGCGGCGAUCACUGAUAUGCAGACGGCGACGCGGCGGUACGCCAAGCGCCAGACAUCGUGGAUCCGCAAUCAGCUCCUUCCUGAGAUCCGCAAGGCGCAGGAGCGCGGGGAGGACGUGUGGCUGUACCUACUUGAUGCGACAGAUCCGGCGUUCUGGAAAGAGCGCGUGUCGGAUCCAGCGCACCGUAUUCUCGAGGCAUUCAUCGCACAUGAUCCCAUGCCUGAUCCACGUGCCCAGAGCGCUGCGGCCGCCGAGCAGCUCGCCGUGCCGGAGCAGACGGGCAGCCGUCUCGAGCGCAACAGGCUCGUUGCCUGCGACACGUGCACGAGCGACGAGGCACAGCCGUUUCUGUACCGUGAGAAUGAGCGCGACAAGCACAUGCAAUCGCGCACACACCGCAUGGCCCUCAAGCGGCGCUCACGAGCCGCCUACAUCGCCGAAGGACGCGCACGAGCGCGGUCCUAG